CGUAGAGAGUGGCUCACCAAAUGAUACCAAUAAUAGCUGAACAUUUAAAAAAUUCCCUGUACGAAAAAUUUUUAGAGUAAACAAAAGUUGUUGAGAGUAAACAAGACUUGAGUUUAAUUAUUAUACAACAAUAUUAUUCAAUAAGGGAAGAGAAUGAAUUUAAGAGAUCCAAAAAAGAAGAAACGCGUACGAAAACAAAUGCUUGACCCAUUCCCUAUAGCGUUGAGUAAACCUAAUGAGUGGACUGUAUAUACUGCGUACUUAAGCUCCAUGGGAACUUACAUCGUACAGCCUGAUGAAAUGGAAGCUGUUCAUUCAAUGGGAUUUUUUGGAAAAGGAUCUUUGUCUAAAAGUUACCCUUCAUUUGGAAGGACACGAUAUGGGGUUCCACCAAUUGUUAGAAAUAGACAAUGGUGUCGCAGGCAAAAAUGGCUGAAGGAAGUAAAGAAAUUUGACACAGAAUCAUUACUCAAAGAAGGAAGAGGUAAUUGGGACAAUGAAAAUAUUGAAUCAGAUUCUGAUCUGUAUGAAAUCUCAAAUAAAAUUCCAAAAAAAAAUGAAGCUGGAAAAGCAUCAGACAAAAAUAAUGAUAUAAAUAAGGAAAGUCUUGAUAUUUAUAUUGAAGGAUCUGUAGAAGAAGAUAAAUCUGUAAGCGACAUUAUUGAAAUUACUGAGAUUAAAAGAGACAAAAUCUCAAAUAACUCUAAUAGAAAUUAUGCAAACCCUGAUGAGCAUUUAUCUGAAAAUCUUGUAAUAAUCUCAGAUACUAAUAUAGAUGAAGUAGUGCUGGAUUCUACAGAAGAAGAAGAUGUCUGUGAAAUUGUGUCUAAGGAUCUGGACAUUGUUUCUGGAGAAAACGAUUGCUUCAGCAUUGACCAUGAGGUUCUUCAUCCAAUCAAAAACGAAUCUGACAUAAGUGAGAGUGUAUUAGUUCUACCAGACAGUGAUUCAGAUGUAGAAGAUUACUUAAGUAAUGUAAAGCCAAGAAUACAGAACGAGGGCUUUCCUGUACGUGAGACAUUACACUUAACAUUUCAAGAAACUUUUUUCUUAAUGUUUGGUCUUGGUUGUCUACAAGUAAUUGAUUUUGAGGGUAACUUCCUAAGUAUCAAAAAUGCUUGGAAUUAUUUUUGCAAAGAACAAACUGAUUUUGUCCAGAAAUACGUUGUCUAUCAUUACUUCAGGAGCAAAGGCUGGGUAGUAAAAUCAGGCUUAAAGUAUGGUGGGGACUUCUUGCUGUACAAGCAAGGGCCACCGUUCUAUCAUGCCUCCUAUAUUGUAAUACUUGAAGUGUUAGAUGCAGAUACAUUAAUCAGAAACGAGAAAAAAACAAUGCGCAGCAUGACAUGGAAUAAUUUGUUUGGAUUACAUAGAUUAUCAGAGACAGCAGCAAAGGAAAUCUUAUUUGCGCAAGUUCUAUGGCCAUCUACCAUUCCAAAAGACUCUAGUUUGACAACACCAGAAAUGUUGUCAGAAUUUACUGUACGAGAAGUACUUUGGAGAAGAUGGAUUUCAAAACAGAAGAGUGAUAUGAUUUUGUUGGAGGAGGAAGAUGAGGAUUCAUUAUGAGUGAUGUUACACAAAGGAUGUUGAAUAAUCAUUUUCCUGCAUAACAAAGAUCCCUGCACUUUGUAAUUUAUAUGAUUAAUAAUAAUAUACAUUUCAACACC